AGUGAGCGCCAUGAAUGGUUUUGUCCAAGAUAUGAAGGAGAAUUUCAGAAUAAAGCCCGAUCUAGUCACUUACACUAUAAUGAUAGAUAAUGUUUGUAAUAACAAAAAUAUCCGGGAGGCAACCCGGCUUUUGGGUGUUUUGAGUGAGGAAGGCUAUAAGCCAGAUUGCUAUGUUUACAACACAAUUAUGAAGGGUUAUUGCAUGUUAAGCUCUGGGGGUGAAGUGUUGGGUGUGUAUAAGAAGAUGUUGGAAGAAGGUGUGAAACCUGACCUUGUGACGUAUAAUACAUUGAUAUAUGGGCUCUCUAAGUCGGGCCGGGUCCAACAGGCCAAGAAGUUUUUGGGUGUAAUGGUUGGAAAUGGUCAUUUUCCAGAUGCUGUCACAUAUACUUCCUUGAUGAAUGGGAUGUGUAGGGAGGGGGAUGCCAAGGGAGCAUUGUCAUUGCUGGAGGAGAUGGAAGCAAAGGGAUGUGAACCUAAUUCUUGCACGUACAAUACAUUGCUUCAUGGGCUAUGCAAGGCUAGGUUGUUGGAAGAGGCUGUUGAAUUGUAUGGCAUGAUGAAACAGAAUGACAUCAUGCUCGAGUCAGGUGCGUAUGGGACAUUUGUUAGAUCUCUUUGCCGGAAUGGAAGGGUUGCAGAGGCUUAUGAAGUGUUUGACUACGCAGUGGAUAGUAAGAGUUUGAAUGACGUGAUGGCAUACACCACACUGGAGAGUACUUUGAAAUGGCUGAAAAAAGCCAGAGAACAAGGACUUGCUGCCUAGCCUAUGCAUCUGGACAAGGAAAUCCACGGAGCUUUGCCAGGGUAUCUAUAAACAAUUUGGAAACUUUGAAGGCUAUAAAAUGAGUAGGUAAUUAAAGCUGUGAAGUGUGCAUACUUGGAGAGUCAGUUUAGGACAACAGAUAUAGCAGUGGAGCCCCAAGAGAAGUGUAACAUGACAACAAAAUUCGUUGUAAUGUCAUCCACUCAUCCCACACUCAUGCUGGAUGGAUAAGGGCUGAAGAGAUCCACUUAGAGCUUGAUUAGAAACAUUGAUGGGUUGACUAUUACGCCCUCCUGGGCAUGCAUCUUUAUAUCUUUCCACAUAAGGUGCCCAAAGAAAUUAGAGGAUAAACGACCCCUUGUGCAGUUGUGCGGGUGACUCCUGCAUGCCCACCAUGAGUGUUCUGUGGAAUUGAUGCAUCAUAUUUAGAGUUUGUUUCAGUAUAGGGCGGUUUUCCUGAAGUAAUACGGUUCUGGUUCUCCAGUUGGAUGUGUCUGUUUUGAUCACAAAUAUAAGUGAAAAAUCAAGCGUAUUUAAUACAGGUGCACGUGUGAGUUGUGACAACAGUCUUCAGAGUCAUAAUCGUUCAGGGAAUGCCUUUAUCACUUUGGGAACCAAUCCAUCAAGUUCAUAAUGCCCAGUUUCACGGCUGAAUCAAUUACAUAACGUAAUCGUCCCUCUAUUGUGGGUGUUUCCAGUGGCAUGCCAAAACAUUUUCACCUUCUAGUAUGGGAUCCUCUUGGUUUCUGCAGAGAUUGUAUUUGGUUGGACCGUUGGGCUUAUCAGCCUGUUUGGAUCCUCUUACUUGUUAGUUGAUAGUGGUUGACGGGCUUUUAAUUAUUUUUUAUCCUACAUUUAAUUAUCUUAGAUUGUAUGAUGCAUUAUUGUGUUGUCGUGUUUUACAGAUUUUUUAAUACAGAGUGGUACGUAUUCGAAUUCAAUAGAUAUGAAUAUAGA